AUGGACAUCGGUGGUUUGGAGACGGUGGUGGCGAACUCGGCCUAUGUGUCCGCCCGAGGCAGCGUGGACGGAUCUGCAGCAGCCUCCAUGCGUGAUAAGAAGAUGCGUGCCAGGUUGAAACUGCCGCACAUCAGAGAUUGUGAACACAUGAAGACGACUGUAGACACGGUAUUUGAGAGCAUGUGCGUCACGCAGCCCAUCGGCAAGCGCCUGUUCCAAAUGUAUCUGGAAAGCGAAGCAACCCACAAAAACACUGGGGAGCUGUGGAAGGACUUUGAAGACUACAAAAUAUGCCAGGAGAAGGACAGAGUGCAAAAGUCCCAAAAAAUAGUCAAUAAGUAUUACGAGUCGGCAUCAAAGAAUUUCUGCAAGUUCCUGGAGGAGAAGGCUGUCACUCGGGUCAAAGAAGACUACAAGAACGUCCACGGGGACCUGUUUAAAGAGAGCGAGCAGCAGCUGCUCAAACACCUGGAGAAGAAUGGUGUGGAGGGCUUCAAGAACAGCAUGUACUUCCUGCGUUAUGUUCAGUUCAAAUGGUUGGAGAACCAGCCCGUGGAUGAGGAGUGGUUCAUGGACUUCAGGGUCCUGGGCAAAGGAGGUUUCGGGGAAGUGUUUGCUUGCCAGGCCAAGGCAACAGGCAAAAUGUACGCCAACAAGAAACUGGAGAAGAAGAGGCUCAAGAAACGCAAAGGCUACGAGGGAGCGAUCGUGGAAAAGCGCAUCCUCGCAAAAGUUCACAGUCGCUUCAUCGUGACACUGGCUUACGCUUUCCAGACCAAGACAGACCUCUGCCUAGUUAUGACUAUCAUGAACGGUGGUGAUCUCAGGUUUCAUAUGUAUAAUGUGGAUGAGAAGAAUCCUGGCUUCGACGACAAACGAGCACGUUUCUACACAGCUCAGAUCAUCUGUGGGCUGGAGCACCUGCACCAGCACAGGAUCAUCUACAGAGACCUCAAACCAGAGAACGUCCUGCUGGAUGAUGCAGGACACGUCCGCCUGUCAGAUUUGGGUCUGGCUGUUGAGCUUCCACCAGGAAAAGACAAAACUGCUGGAUAUGCAGGAACUCCAGGUUUCAUGGCCCCGGAGCUGCUCCAGAAGAAGGAGUACGACUACUCAGUGGACUAUUUUACUCUGGGAGUCACCCUGUAUGAGAUGAUUGCUGCCAAAGGCCCCUUUAGAGUUCGAGGAGAGAAGGUUGAGAAUGAAGAGGUCGCCCGCAGAAUCCUGAACGAUCCAGUUACCUACACACCGACCUUCAGCAAUGAGUGCAAGGCCCUGUGUGAAAGCCUGAUGGAGAAGGACCCGGCGAAACGUCUCGGGUUCAAAAAUAAUGAUUGCUCGGAGCUCAAGAAUCAUCCCUACUUUAAAGAGGUUAACUGGGGCCGUCUGGAUGCAGGCAUGCUACCUCCACCGUUUGUCCCCGAUCCCAGGAUGGUCUACGCCAAAGACAUUGACGAUGUGGGCGCCUUCAGCACAAUCAAAGGCCUGGUCCUAGAUAACAAGGACACCGAGUUCUACAAUGACUUUUCUUCCGGUAACGUCCCGAUCCCGUGGCAGGAGGAGAUGAUUGAGACGGGCGUGUUUGGAGAGCUGAACAUCUGGGGCGUGGGCGGAAAGUUGCCCAAUGACCUCGACCCAAACUUCGUGGAGGCCAAGGGUGGGGGCUGUGUUCUGCUGUGA